AAUUGACUUUCUUGAUUUCAUCAAAAAAAUAAUUUUUUUUGAUGAUAAUCAAAGAAAAAAUGUGGGAUUUAAUUGAAUUUGAUGUUCAUAUCUUUUAUUCCUCUUCUUGAUAUCUUUGUAUAUUGUUUCAUUAAAAUUUUUAAUAACCCUAUUAAUAGUAUAUUAUCAAUAAAUUAUAACAGGAAAAUAUGUUUAAAAUUGAGUGAAAUAAAUUUGUUGAAUUACAAAUAUAUUGUCUGAUUUUAUUAUUUUUUUUUCUCAGAAGACAGCAUAUACUUGAAUAAAAUCCAAGCAAAUCCCCUGUGAUAUGGUUCAUCAAUCAUCACUAAUGAAAAAUUCAUAAAGAGCUGCUCGAAAAAAGAUGGCUUCGUUUUAUUCGAAUUCAUCCGGUGAAUCGUAUAUGCUAAACCAGACACUUGUUAAUAACAAUAAGGUAUACGAUUCUUCGAUUUCGUUGUCCUAUCCAAAUUUACUGUCCGGUCAUGAACUCGUCGAAUCGGACGCACAAAUGUACUCUAAAGAACCGUUUAUUAAUUCCGAACAAAUUUCGCAAUACCACGGACUAUCUCUUACCUUGGGGUCCCACGAAGAGCCGUCGAUGGUUCAUCAUCAGUUUCAUUCCGAUUUAAACCACUACGCAAACUCGUCGAGCCUCUGUUCGUUGCUAAAUUCCGAAAACGCCCUCAAGAAUGUUCAAUACCUCUCUUUCGACUUGUCUGAAAAGACUCGUGAUGCUAGUAGCUUCAUCAUGCCGUCUCAAAAUUUUACGGGAACUUCUUGCAACUCCAAGUAUCUUAAGGCGGCUCAAGAUUUGCUCGAUGAAUUAGUGAGUGUGCAUAAAUGUACCAAGUUGUCGGAAAAAGUCCACAAUUUCGAUUCACUUAUUAGUGGUCAAGCUCAUGUGAAAAGGGAUGACGGCGUUUGUGUCGAUCUUUCCCCUUCCGAACGAAACGAUAUGCAGAAUAAGCUCACGGCACUUUUCUCCAUGUUAGAUGAGGUGGACAGAAGAUAUAAGCAAUAUUGGCAUCAAAUGCAAGUUAUGUCAUCCUCGUUCGAUACGGUGGCAGGGAGCGGUGCCGCACUACCGUACACCGCGCUGGCGCUGCGGACGAUUUCCCGCCAAUUCCGUUGCCUCCGAGAUGGAAUCAAGAAGCAAAUACAAGCAACUCAGAGGAUCCUAGGUGGCGAGCACGACGGGAGUUCACACAGUCAAGGUGUACUAUCUCGUUUACGCCACGUGGACCAACAACUCAGGCAGCAAAAGUCGAUUUCGCAGUUUGGUGGAAUGAGACAACCUUGGAGGCCUCAAAGGGGAUUGCCCGAAAACGCUGUCUCUGUUCUUCGUGCUUGGCUUUUCGAACACUUUCUUCACCCUUAUCCAAAAGACUCGGAGAAAAUCGUUCUUGCAAGGGAGACGGGAUUGACCAGAAGCCAGGUGGCGAACUGGUUUAUCAAUGCACGCGUGCGUCUUUGGAAACCUAUGAUCGAGGAAAUGUACAAGGAGGAAUUUGGCGAUGCGGAAACCGAAGCAAGAUCUUCACCGACAACUCAAGAGGUUCCUACUUUCGAUGAAUUAAGAGACGAAGAGUUUCGAGGAGGAAGCUUAAUAUCUGCAGCUGAAGAUGAAAAUGGCGUUUUCGUUAAUUUUGGGCCGAGUCAUAUGGACAGCAGGCAUAUUGUUAAUGUUGGAGAUGGAUUUUUUUCCGAUAAAAAUAAUGCAUCACCACCGAAGAAUCAAGUGUCACUUGCACUCGGAUUGCAGAAUAGCGAAGAAGAUUCUAAGCUUAUAUUCAAUGGAAUUCAACCGAAAGGAAACGAGGGCGAUUCUUCUUCUUCUUCUGUUCCGCUCGAUAAAUUGGAAUAUUAUUACGUGGAUCCGGUGAAUAAUAAUCAGAGCAGGUUCGGUAAUAAUACGCAUUUGAUGUCUGAUUUUGUGGCUUGAUAGUAUAUUCGAGAACAAGACUUUUUUUUUAAAGAAAAAUAUUACAGAUAUUUUGGUGG